AUGGAACUGCAAAUAUUAUCAGACCUCCAUCUCGAGAGCCCCAAGGCCUAUGACUUCUACGAGAUCAAGCCUUCUGCCCCCAACCUAGCACUUCUGGGGGAUAUCGGUUGCGUCUGCGACCCGGAUUACCUCACAUUCCUCUCCACGCAACCGGCCCAGUUCCGGGUCGUCUUCCACCUCCUAGGCAACCAUGAACCAUUUGGCUCAACCUGGGACGCAGCCAUCAAGACGCUCCGCUCGUUCCAGGAGCAGAACCGCCAGGAGCGAGCGCAGUCGCCAGGCUCCGGCGUCGGCGAGUACGUCCUCUUAGACCGAGACGAGUUCCACCUCCCGUCCCACAACCUCACCGUCCUCGGCUGCACGCUCUUCUCAGACGUCCCGGCGCGCUCCACGACGGACAUCAGCUUCGGCCUGAACGACUUCUUCCGCAUCGGGGACUGGACGGUGGAGCAGCACGUGCAGGCGCACCGGCGGGACGUCGCCUGGCUGAACGGGCGCGUGGCCGCUCUCGCGCGCGAGCAACCCGGCCGCCGCGUCGUUGUCCUCACGCACCAUAGCCCCACGGUCGACGCCAGGACCGUCAACCCGAGGUUCGCGGACAGCAAGAUCUCGUCAGGCUUCGCGACGGACCUGAGCGGGGAGGAGUGCUGGGGGAGUGGGAAUGUGGUCUUCUGGGCGUUUGGGCAUACGCAUUAUAACUUCGGGCGUUUUCGUGAUGAGGGCACUUGGUAA